UUGUGUAGCAGUAGUAACAGUAACAAUUAUUGUUUUCUUGUUAUUAUUAUUAUUAUUAUAAUAAAAUAUGCAAGUGGGUUUGUCCAAGAUUUUCUUUGGCUCUUCAGUUCUUUCAAGCAUUCAUCUGAGAGAGAGAGAAAGAGAGUUGCAGCUUAUGUGGGGUUUGAGAUUUUUCUGAGUCCUGGGUCAAGCCAUCCUCCAAGACUCUAAUGGAUCCAGAUCAAUCUGAGGACUCGCCAUCAAACUCAGCCAACUCUCACGGACCAACUCAACCUCAAUCACCGUUCCCUGAUGAAGUGUUGGAAAAAGUCCUUUCAUUCAUAGAUUCACGCAAAGACCGGAGUUCAGUGUCCCUUGUGCGCAAAGAUUGGUAUAAUGCUGAGAGAUGGACGAGAUCAAAGCUUUUUAUAGGGAACUGCUAUUCAGUGUCACCAGAAAUCGUGGCCAGAAGAUUUCCAAGAAUUAAGAGUGUUACACUUAAAGGGAAGCCAAGAUUUUCUGAUUUCAAUAUGUUGCCACGGGAUUGGGGUGCUAAUGUGCAUUCUUGGUUGGUCAUGUUUGCCAAGGUUUACCCUUUUCUAGAAGAGCUGAGACUCAAGAGGAUGACUGUAACUGAUGAGAGCUUGGAGCUCUUGGCCAAGUCAUUCCCACGCUUCAAGGCUUUAACUUUGUCGAGUUGUGAUGGGUUCAGUGACAAUGGCCUCAAAGCCAUUGCCAGUCAUUGCAGGAACUUGACUGAGCUCGACAUACAGGACAGUGUAACAGAUGAUGUUGGUGGAGGUUGGUUAAGUUGCUUCCCGGAGAACUUUGCCUCACUGGAGGUACUAAACUUUUCCAGUCUCAACUGUGAGGUCAGUUUUGAUGACCUCGAGAGACUCGUUGGUCGGUGCAAAUCAUUAAGGGUUCUGAAGGUCAAUGAUAGUAUUACCUUGGACCAAUUGCGACGGUUGCUCGUGCAUGCUCCUCAAUUAAUGGAGCUUGGUACUGGCUCCUUCAUGCAAGAACUUACGCCUCGCCAAUACGAAGACAUUGAGAGUGCAUUUAGCAACUGUAGAAAUCUCCAAGUUCUUUCAGGUUUAUGGGAAGCAACUUCCCUUUAUCUCCCUGUUCUCUAUGGAGCUUGUGCCAGUCUGACUUUCUUGAACUUGAGCGAUGUGGCCCUUCAAAGUAGUGAAUUUGCUAAGCUUCUUGUUCACUGCCCUAAUUUGCGACGCCUUUGGGUCAUUGAUACUGUUGAAGACAAGGGGCUCGAGGCUCUUGGAUCCAGCUGUCCGUUGCUCGAAGAACUCCGAGUCUUCCCUUCUGAUCCUUACGACCGGCAUCAUCGUGAUGGGGUGACUGAGUUGGGCUUCUUGGCCGUGUCUCGUGGAUGUCGCAAACUCCGCUAUGUCCUCUACUUUUGUCGGAGGAUGACCAAUGCUGCUGUCGUUACUAUAGUUCAGAACUGCCCUGAUUUUACCCACUUUCGUCUUUGCAUAAUGACCCCAGGGCAGCCAGAUUACCUGACAAACGAACCUAUGGAUGAAGCCUUCGCUGCUGUGGUUAAAACUUGCACUAAGCUUAAGAGGCUUUCAGUUUCAGGCCUUCUAACUGAUCUGACAUUUGAGUAUAUUGGGAAGUAUGCCAAAAAUCUUGAGACACUUUCCGUGGCUUUUGCUGGCAGCAGUGAUUGGGGGAUGCAAUGUGUUCUCGAAGGUUGUCCUAAGUUGAGGAAGCUUGAAAUACGAGAUUGCCCAUUCGGAAAUGCGGCUCUGUUGUCUGGACGAGAGAAAUAUGAAAUGAUGAGGUCGUUAUGGAUGUCAUCAUGUAAUGUAACAAUGAAGGGAUGCAGGCUGCUUGCAAGAGAGAUGCCAAGACUGAAUGUUGAAGUUAUCAAAGAUGAGGGAAAUGAUGACGGUCAAGCGGACAGAGUUUAUGUCUACCGUUCAGUAGCCGGGCCAAGACGUGAUGCCCCACCAUUUGUUCUUACUCUUUGACAGUGAGGGAAAAGGAAUAGUUGGAAAGUCGACCUAUAUGCUUGGCGUUAGUGUGGGAUCAAGUAAUCAAAUGUAAAUUGGUUCCAAAAAGCAACAGUUGAGGGGAUCAGCUUCGACAUUGGAUCAUCGGAAGAAGUAUAAUAAAUGGGGUGAGUACUUAAUGCCCAUGUAUUUGCAGUCAAAGUCUAACUGGGGCAUGAAGCUAUACCAAGGCUCAACUUUUAAAUCUUAGCUCAUUUUCUUUAUUGAUUCGUCUGAACGAGUAGAAAAGAAAGGUGUAAGCUAUCGAGAGUGCAUUUGUUACAAUAGAAGAUCUAUCUCCCCAGUUGAUUUUUCGUAUCUUUCCUAUUGUAUUGUUAGUGGCUUAAAAUCUGUAGAAACUGUAUCAAAAAACGAUUAACAGUGUUGAGGUGGCUGAAAAAUGAAUUGGUGAGUUUCAGCUUAUCUGCAAACUCCUGACUGGGGAAGAUCAUAUCGGCAACACAGAGGGUUUGGAUUCAGGCUGAAACUUGAAAACCGUCGUUGUGCUGGUAGAGGAUGCAUCUAGCUUAACUAUCAUCCAUGAAACCUCCAUCAGAUGUUGACUAAUCUGAGAUUCAGGAUAAUAGAAAAUGUUGUUUAGGGUAAACGUUACUAUGUUGUUUGUCCUCGAUCAUCAUCGUCAUGAAUCAAGAUUUGUCCUGUGAAUGGUACGCUACAUUCGUGAAUGAAUUUUUCUGAGGUAAGCAUA